CUAACCCUUGACACUUUCGAAGAAUUUUGGCAACUGAAAGUUCAAACCUAGAUUCAUUCUUUCUGUAUAUUUUUUUUUUAUUCUAGAUUAUUAUCCUAAAAAAGCAAAAACAAAUUCGCUAACGUUUUAUUAUAAAUGAAGGUAGUUUUCCAUUCAUUUAUUCUGUAUUUAUUUUGUAUAAGUGAAAUUUUGCCUUCUGAGGCAUUCAACCCGUAUUAUUUGAGGAAGGAAAAGGACAGUGGGUGCAGAACUCCGCUUCAUCAAAAUGAGUUUCCCUUUCUUGUAAGCCUAUAUGUCCACCAUCUCAAGAAGGAUUUGCAUGCUAAGUGUCUGGGUAUCAUCCUGAACACAAUAACUGUUCUGACUGCUGCGACUUGCUUAUUUGAUAGAUGGGGCAACGUCAAAUUGUCUCCGCGUACAUAUGUGGUUCUGUAUGGACUACGAAAGGGAUGUGAUAUGUAUGAACAAUUUGAGCCACGACUUAUACGCUAUGUUGUCCAUCAUCCAGAUUUCUUUGCAUUUACAAGGAGGGCGGACUUGGCGUUCAUGAUAUCAUUUAAACCAUUACUUAUAUAUAAUGCUACAGAGAUUCUGCCAGAAGCAGGCAGUCCAAGCAAAGAUGAGCCUUCAAGUGAUAAGUUGUUCGUCAGCUUUGAAAAAGUACCUGUUGGGACGAAGUGCACUUUCAUUGGGUUCCUCACAGAGAAUGACACGGGGAUGCCUCUUACACGCUUAACCGCUACAUCAAUUGAAAUUGAAAAUGAAUCUUUAUGUGAAGAAGCGUAUACUGAAAAAAGGAAAGCUCUUUAUCCUGACAAAUACUGCGCAGGAAUACCAUCGAAAGGAGAUGUACCAACAUGGCAAGAUGCCGGUGGACCAUUAAUUUGUGGCUCAAAAGUCGUAGGGAUAGCAUCACGGACAUCAGAAUUUGGAACUCAUCCAGGCAUAUUUACGUCUCUACAUGAAUAUAAAAGCUUCGUAAAAUAUGCCUAUGAUUACGCAUAUUUAGUAAGUUUGCUAAAAACAAAUUCUGCUUCAAAAUUGACAGGUUUUGUAUCAGCUUCCCUGCGGUUUCAUCGUAUAUUUAAAUUUAUAUUUUGUGUAGUCUCUGAACUGUUUUCAACGUAAUUUUUCGAUUAUUUUACAAGUUAAAUGUUUGUAACACGAAAAAAUAUAUUUUUUUAAGGAAAUAAAAGUAUUGUGAU